CAACUUCCGGGUCACACGUUAGAUGACCUCAGCCCGUCGGCCUGAGAUAAACAACACUGGUGCCGCGGUUUAGUUAAUUCCUGUUAAACGAGCUCCAGCGCAUUAAACAUGGACGUGAAAACGGAGGACUUCGGGAGCUAAUGGCUGUGGUUACGAAAAACUAACCUUUUACUACACUCCAUCUCUAGAACUUGAUAUCGCUCAUCAGUCAUGUCUUCACGCGUGUUGCUGCGCCAGCAGCUGAUGCGAGAACAAGCCCAGGAGCAGGAGAGACGUGAGGCCCAGCAGCAGGCCUCUGCCUCUCAGCUCCGGGCCUCUGAUUCCACUCCGGCCAUCUCUGUCACACUGCCCCCAAAUGCUGCCCGUCCCCCUCCAGCACAGGUGCCUGUGGAGGUGCUGAAAGUGCAGACCCACUUGGAGAACCCCACCAAGUACCACAUCCAGCAAGCACAGAGGCAGCAGGUGAAGCAAUACCUCUCGACCACUCUGGGCAACAUAGCAGUUACACAGACCAUGGGUGUGUCCCCUGUGCAGCAGUCCAGUUCUGCCCCAGAGGUUGCUCAAACUGCCAGCAGUGCCCCAAACAGUCCCAUGGCUCUGCUAAACAUUGGCUCCAACAAAGAGGAAAUCGAUGAUGUGAUAGAUGACAUCAUUAGUCUUGAAUCCAGUUUUAAUGACGACAUCAUUUCCCUGAUUGACUCAGGUCUUCAGCUGCCUAGUACGCUCCCAGGAAAUCUGUUGGAUGUAUACCAUAGCCCUGGAAUGGCAGCACCUACUCUCACCGUCAGCAACUCCUGCCCGGCUGAUCUGCCCAAAAUUAAAAGGGAAAUAACUGAUUCAGAUGUCAAAGCAAUAAUGAAAGAAAGGCAGAAGAAAGACAACCAUAAUCUGAUUGAGAGGAGGCGGAGAUUCAACAUCAAUGACCGUAUUAAGGAGCUGGGCACUCUCAUACCCAAAUCAAGUGACCCAUCUCACAAUGGUGACAGUGAGAUGCGUUGGAAUAAAGGCACCAUCCUGAAAGCUUCUGUAGACUACAUCAGGAAGUUACAAAAAGAGCAGCACAGAGCCAAAGAUGUCGAGAUGCGUCAGAAGAAGCUGGAGCAGGCAAACCACAGUCUGAUGUUACGCAUACAGGAGCUGGAAAUGCAGGCACGGCUCCAUGGCCUAUCCACACCCAACAGCAUCUCCCCUGGUCUGAGUUCUGAUCCCUCCCUGCUCCAGCAGCAGGUCCAACACAGCAGCCAGUCUAUGGCUGUAAGCGCACAAAACCUCCUUGGUAUCGGUGCGGCGACCAUCGGACAGCCUCUCCCAGCCUCCUUCUUGUCUCCGCCCUCCUCAGACUCUCCAGCAGGAGUCACCAUCAGCAGCCCCCUGGACCUGGGCAGUCUGAGCUUUGCUGAGCUUGAUGACAACUCUGCCUCCGCACUCUACUCUGACAUGGGCUUGGGAGACAUUCUUAUGGACGACGGAUGCACCCUGUCUCCAGAGAGGGGGGCUGAUUCGCUGUUUUCUCCUUUGUCACCGGGUGCCUCUAAAACCAGCAGUCGCAGGAGCAGCCUUGAAAUGGAUGAGGACUUGUGAUAAGCUCUGAGUGGCAGUUAGAGACUUCUGCAGGGACAAGAAUGUCAGGAAGUGAGGUCUAUCCUUAAAUGACAUCUAUUUAUAGGACUGUAGAAUUGAACUGCAAAAGUAGUUAACAAUAAGAUCAUAACUAACAAAUAUUUUCGCCAUAAAGACCUAAUUAUUACAGUUCCUGUUUGGAGCCGGUCAGAUGAUUAUGUCUGGGAUUUGAAAUGCAAUCGUAUAAAUAUUGAAUCUUGUAUAAUAGGAGCAUGGCAUUAAGAAAUACAUUCAUAAAUAGGUUUUAAGAUUUUCUUCAGAGAUUUAAGAGGGAUAUAAAGUUUUCUUGUAUUUAGAAUGUGCUCAUCUUUAGGGAAGAAAGCUGUGAUGUUUUGUUGUUCACAACAGCAUUGGCAUAAAAAACUGUUGAAGAGAUGCCAACACACAGUAUAUAAACUGACUUGGAAUCAGGGUUUGUUAGUAACAUUUACAUGCUCAUGUUGGGUUGUUUCACCAGCAGCUUCAGAAGGGAUCUUUGUAUAAUGAAUUGGCAUAUUGUGAAAUAUUUUCUGCAUAUUGUAUAUAAGAAUGUUUUAUUUUGAGCAAUUUUAUUGCACCUUAUUUUAUGGCAGUCUAUGCAUUUUAUGAGAGUUUUGUCUGUUUUUAUUACUAUUUCACACAGUGGAUGCCCAGGUUGCAUGUAUUUGUAAUGAUCCUUAAAAGCAGUGGGAAAUCACUUGCUGCUGCAGCUAGUUAGCCAAAGCAGGACUUCUUCCAGUGUAGCUACAAAUUACAGAUCAGCAUUUUAUUUUUUAAUAUAUAUACACUUAGUCAAUAAAAGUGCAAGACAGUAUGAGAUGCAGAACAAUUUUUCCUUACUCAUUAGUACUGUAGGUUAUUAGUUUUUUACAUUUGAAUAAUAGUAACAUUAGUAGUGUCUUCAGACUAAAAUCUGUGUUGUCCAUGACUGUUUGUCUCUGUUAACCUUGACGAUCACUGAGUGAAGUUACCGGUUAGCAUGUUCUAUUAAGACUGUGGCUUUUUAAAAAAAAAUAAAAGUAAUAUAUCUGCCAAACAUUAUUGCUUAUAGUAAUAUGAAUUCAGAGGGCUUUAGCCUUCUUUUCAACCAACCACUAGCCUCACCUCUGUAGUGAUGUGGUCUGUUUGUUGUGUGAAACCUUCAAUACAGUUAUUUUCAGCAACUCUAGAUUGGCAUUCAAAUUGUAAAAUGCUAAAUGCAACAUUAUGUACAGUAAAUGAAUGUGUUUUACUUUCACAUGUACGCACUGUAUUUCUUUUCAUCAACACAACCUCCAAAGUCUAAUGUUGAAUCUUUGUUUUAAGUUGUGACCAAUCUAAAAGCUGAACUAGUUAAUGCAGCCACAACUGUUUUAUUUUUGUGUUGUGAUUAUUUUCUGGGCUUCUAAUCUGUUUAAACAGAACUUCCCUACUUGGCUGAAAGAAGCUUCACUCAAUAGCUCAAUGCUGCUAAUGUUCCUAUGGUCAUCUUUUCCACUCAAAAACAAUACAGAAUUGUCUUACCCUGACAGAUAUUUGAGUGCUAGCACUCACUGACUGUUAACCAUGAACAGGACAUCAUUUGUGUCUUGUUCCUACAAGUUGGCUUUUGGAUGAUUUUAACAAAUAAAUGAUUCCCAGUGA